AUGCACUUUGCUACCCUCGCCACUCUGACUGCCCUCGUCGGCACCUCUGUUGCCGACACCUGGGGAGGUUCCGUGUCUCUCGGCCCUUCCAAGUCAACCAUCAUCAAGGCCGUCACCACCCUCAUCCCCGGCGCUGCGCCCCCCACGCAGAACGGCAUGCUCUUCCUGUGGCCCGGCAUGUCCAACGGCACCGGCGACCUCGUCCAGACCACUCUUGAGGCUUGGCCCGAUAACUCCUGGUGUGGUGCCAAGAAGGGCGAGUGGUGUAUCACCUACACUCUCCUCAGCGACAACGACACAUGGCGUCAGGAUGUGACCGACGCCGACACCGGCAAGCAGCUCAGCGUCUUCGAGCACAAGUCGGGCCCCUUCAUGCGCGGCUAUGGCACCGGCACCGAGUGCAACGGCGGCUGCAGCCCCACCGUUUCUGAGCAGCGCUACCUCAACACCGAGAUCACACUCGCCGCCGCCGACCCCAACUUUGGCAAGACUAUCGCUACUGCUCAGAAGGCUACCUACAAGGGUCUGACCAGCACCAACGGCGGCAAGGUCUGGAAGAUUAGCGAGAUCCGCGUCCCUGCCAUGGUUUAA